ACUGCUCGGCUCCCUCCCAUACAGUCUGUGCUGUUACAUCUCUGGAGGGGAAUAGCAGACAAAUCUUCUCCUUGCUGACCCUGUAGACAAGGACAAGUAUAGCUGACAUGAGAGCAGGAAAAAACCUAGGGUUUCCUAAUGGGGUAAUGGCAUAAUGGUAUCUUGCUUUGAUCAAAAAGGUACUAGGCAUUCCUGCCCCUGGGAGCAUUGAGACCUAAUGUUGUUAGACACUAAGCAUAUACACUCUGUGCCAUCUGGGACAUGGGCUCUAGGAAAGGGGACACUCUGAGCUGGUGUAAGCUGCUACCAUGGUGUUGCUGAAGUCCUAGGGCAGGUAAAGUUUACGCUGGCUGAUGAUGUGCCUGGGUUCAUUAUGGUGGAGGGAUGUCUAGGAUUUCAUUUUCUACGGUACUUUCACGAUACCCGUCUCCUUUUCCCCUUAAGAGUCAGUUAAAACAAAGCCCAUUUUAAAAGAAAUGAAUGUAGAAAAUGUGAACCAUAAGGAUCUUUUACAAAGCGUCUUUUACAGUGCUUGGGACAUAAAACAGGGCAGUGGAAGAUAAGCCGUUAUGUAUGUUGAGGAAGCCUAAGAAUAAAGAUUAUAGGCAAACAGUCUACCUUUCUUUACAAGGCCCUGAUUUACAUCCCUGAAAUCUCAAAUUUAGCCAUUACAAUGAAGUCCUGUUGCACACAGAGCUGACUUUUUAUCACCACUUAAAAUCUAAUUAAUCCGUAUCGAAGCACAAAGAUUUCUGUUGUGUUUUAGGGUGAGGGGUCAUAGAGCCCUCUUUGUUCAUCCUCAGGCUUGUAAUCAUCAGGCAUUGGGAUAUAAUUUUACCAAGCAAAUUGGAAGGUAACAGAUCAAAUCCUUAUCGGAAAGCCUAACUCAUGGUUUAGUGAAGUCCUUCAUCCUUUAUGUGAAACUUUAUAUUCAUGAAGAACAAAACAGUGUUUCAGAGCCCACAAAGGGUUAAUAGCAAGGGCUUAUAUUUGGGGCAGCAGAGAACUAAAAUCAUCAUAGCUUCCACCAUCAGUCAAGGUAGCAGUUGUUACAGAACGGCUGGGGAGACCUUCCUCCUCAAGCUUUGAGGACUCAGCUCCUAUAAUGGCCUUGGUCUAUCGACCAACGAUGCAAUUAAGUGGCAUACUGUGCUCUCUGUUGGGAUGGGUCCUGUCCUGCCUCACUACCUAUUUACCCCAGUGGAAAAAUCUUAACUUGGAGCUGAAUGAACUGGAGAUCUGGACCAUGGGACUCUGGCAAGCUUGUGUUGUCCAGGAAGAAGGGGGAAUGCAGUGCAAGGACUUCGAUUCUUUCUUAGCUUUGCCUCCAGAGCUCAGGAUUUCUAGGAUUUUGAUGUUUUUUUCCAAUGGAUCGGGGCUUUUGGGCCUCUUGCUCUCAGGAUUUGGGUUGGACUGUUUGAAAAUUGGUGAAAGACAACAGGAACAAAAGAAACGGCUGUUGCUGUUUGGAGGAAUGCUCUUCUGGAUAUCGGGGAUUGCAGCUGUUGUCCCUGUUUCUUGGGUUGCCCAUUCCACAGUCCAGGAAUUUUGGGAUGAGAAUAUACCAGAUAUUGUCCCCAGGUGGGAUUUUGGGGAAGCAUUAUUUGUUGGCUGGCUUGCUGGGUUUUGUCUUAUACUAGGAGGAUCCCUACUUAAUUUCACAAUCUGUUCAACUGAAGUCCAUCCAUCUUCAAUCCAUUAUGCAGUAGCAGAACAGCAAGAUCAGUGUCAACACUUGGAAACUGAAACUAGGCCUUAA